AUGACGGUUUUCAGCUUGUUCAUUGUUCUGCUAUAUGGAGUUACAAUGGCUUUGGCACAAGCAGGGCUUCAGGGCUUGCCAAGAUUAAGCCAUGGAAGCUCCCUAUCUGUUGAGAAAACGAAUGACUUCCUAAUAUCCCCAAAUGGGACAUUCUCUGGUGGAUUUUACAACGUGGGAACGAAUGCCUAUUGUUUUUCAAUCUGGUUCACCAAUUCUUUGAACAAAACAGUUGUCUGGAUGGCCAACAGAGACAGUCCAGUGAACGGAAAGCAGUCGCAGCUAGAUCUCCACGGAAAUGGCAACCUGGUGUUGACUGAUGCAGAUGGCUCAAUCACAUGGUCAACCAAUACAUUUUCGGAUGCAAUUGUGGAAGCUCGGCUUCUUGAAACCGGAAAUCUGAUACUGAUCAACCAAGCAGAGGAGAUCAUCUGGCAGAGUUUUUAUUUCCCUACAGACACUCUCCUUCCAGGUCAAAUACUGUCCAAGAACAUAACCUUGGUCUCUAUGAGGAAUCGAGGUACAUACUUUUCUGGAUUCUACAACUUCAAAUUUGAUGAUAACAAUGUAUUAGACCUCAUAUACAAUGGUCCUCUAGUUUCAAGUAUCUAUUUGCCAAGUACAGCAAUAUCUGUUUUCGAUAGUGGCAGAACACCCUACAACAGUUCCAGAUCAGCAUUCGUUAACAGCUGGGGGCAGUUUAUAUCAAGUGACAAUUUUAUUUUCUAUGCCUCUGAUUAUGGGGUUGGUCCCAAACGACGCUUAACAUUAGAUUAUGAUGGGAUUUUGAGAUUGUAUAGCUUAGAUGAUUCAACUGGGCUUUGGGAAAUCUCAUGGUUACCUGGUGGCUUAAGUCCUUGUCAGGUUCACGGGUUAUGUGGACCAAAUGGUGUUUGCAGUUACAAUCCCCUACCUACUUGCACUUGCCCUCAUGGUUUUGAUAGAAAUGAUCCUUCAGAUUGGUCUAAAGGUUGCUCACCUCGAUUCAAUCUGACUUGUGAUCCACUUGCAUGGGAUUUCAUUGAGCUUCAGUAUACAGAUUACUUUGGAUAUGACAUGGACUUCUAUGGUCGUAACAUGACCUUUGAAGCAUGCAGGAAUGCCUGCCUGAGCGAUUGCAAAUGUGCAGGCUUUGGAUAUGCACUGGAUGGUCUAGGACAGUGCUUCCCCAAAAGUACUCUCCUGAAUGGUUUUAGCAUGCCAAGUUCUACCCAAAUCAUGCAUUUAAAAGUCCCAAGAGCCAUGGUGAUCUCUCAGGCGGAACAAAGGCAGGUAAAAACAAAUGACUUGAACUGCUCAAAUACCGAAAUUGUAUUCAGGGGCGACGAUGCUGAUGGAGAAAAUAACAACAGAAAUGGGUAUAUGAAAUACUUAAUUGCAUUUGUAGGUUCAUUUGGAGUAUUUGAAAUGAUUUGCAUUGGUUUAGGCUGGUGGUACGUCUUUCGAAAACACGCCAAUGAGCAGGUGAUAAACAUGGGCUACACUGUACUGGCUAUGGGUUUCAAACGUUUCACUUUCGCAGAACUAAAGAAGGCAACUCAGAACUUCAACCAAGAAAUAGGAAAGGGGGGCUUUGGAACAGUCUACAAAGGCAUUUUGGACAACGAGAGAGUUGUAGCUGUGAAGAGAUUGGAAGGCAUUUUGCAAGGAGAUACAGAAUUUUGGGCAGAGGUGGGCAUCAUAGGGAGCCUCAACCAUAGAAAUUUGGUGAAAAUGUGGGGAUUCUGUGCUGAAGAUGAUCAUCUUGAGCCUAAGGUGACUGAUUUUGGUAUGUCAAAGCUUUUCAAACGCAACCAUGACAUGAUGUUUUCUAGAGUCCGUGGCACAAGAGGUUAUCUAGCCCCGGAAUGGAUGAUGAACCUAAGUAUUAAUGCAAAGGCUGACGUCUACAGUUUUGGCGUCGUCUUGUUGGAAUUACUGACUGGGAAGAGUGCAUCUAGUUUCCAGUGGACUGGAGUCGAGGAGAAAGUGUAUAAUGACAUGGAACAAUGGGCGAAGCAUACGAUUAAACAAGAGGGGCCUAAGGGAAUAAUUGACCAGAGAUUGAAUGAUGAAUAUGAUACUGAGGAGGUUGAAAGAUUAAUAGAAGUUGCAUUGUUGUGUUUGGGAGAAGAUCGGAGUACCAGGCCACCUAUGAGUAAGGUGUUGGAGCUUCUAGUUGAGUGUGAUAAGUCAAACACAAAGUGA